CCACGCCGUCCAAAGGUGAAUGGGAAGCGGGUACCAUCUACUAGUGAACACGGGGCAUGAGGAACUCCCUACACCUUCAGGAACUUCUUCUUUCUAUUGGAUACCACCAAGGCAGUCAGUGUGUGUGUGCCAACAAUCUUUCUGCUGACACUAGACGGCAUCAAGACCAGACCAAGGAAGAUACUCAGUGAAACACAACGGUGCAUGUUUAUCAAUAACUGGAAGAAGCAAUUUCAUAAAUUCAUCAAGUGGAUCAGACAAAAAAAUAUUAACAUCAUCCACGUUUGCAAUGGGGCUAUAUCUGGUGGUCCUCUGGGUCUGUGCUGUGGUGCUGCAUUCCCUUGGGAGAGCAGAGAAAGUAACUCAAACGACUGAAACAAGUUUCUCUGKGAGCACAGAAGGGUUGACUGCUGGGACGGUUACUAUAGGGCUGGAUGACCAGAACCAAGAACCGCCUCCCUUAAACCCCUGUCAGGAUGACGAGACGGAAUACAGAGAAAGAGUGUACCAGAGGGAUUCUCAUGGUGUUAUGCAGCUGGUUCAGAGCGAGGACUAUGAAGGCAACGAGGACUAUGAAGGCAACGAGGACUAUGAAGACACUGACAUUGACACCAGCAAUGACACCACCAUUCACCCUGACACCACCAUUCACCCCUGCAACCUAUCACCCAGUGGACCGCCCCUCUGUCUUAUCUACCCAACCAAUCAACUCAACUGCUCCUGGAAAUUCCAUGGUCUCUCCAAUGACAGCCAAUUCUCUGCCUCUGUCUCGUAAGCCCCUCCCACAAUAUCC